AUGGAGUCGCGUUAUGUUAGCCCUACCCUGUUCUUGUGCAGAAUUCGUGCAUUUGGGCAUGGGCUGGUAGCCUGGUACUAUUUUGAGAAGGGGCAGGGGCAGGGGCAGGGGCGAGGGCGGGCUCAUGCUCGAGGAAGCCUUCAGAUUCAGAUAGAAGCCGAAACACGCUCCAGUGGUCUGUGGACCGAAACCAUAGUUUCGUUCCAAGAUUCAAUACUGAUUUCCAAAUGGGACCUCAUAGUUGUGACUGAGCUAGGAACUGCUAUGACUGCCGUGUCUCCUAAGCCUUUCCAUUGUCAAUGGACAAGGAGAUCGGAGCUCGAGGAGAUUGUGGCAAUUUCCUACACUCUGAAGCAUCAGGUGCUAUGUCAGGAACUUAAAGGCUUAAGGAAUCAGAUCUACCUAAUUAUUAAGGCAGGGGUCCCUAAAGGAUGGGCUACGCCUAAUGCACUAGAUCUGCCUCUAGCGUCAAGGACCUUCACUGCUGCGUCGCCCGUUUCUUCAACAUACGGUGUUGACCUUCCUCGGGAUCGUGGAUAUUGUUUGGAUCCGGUAAUUUAUGAUGCCUCAUCAUUUGAAUGGUUGUGUGAUGAUUGCCCCCCAAAACAUAAUGAAGUCCCGAAAUCAUUAGAGUGGAAUUGUGAUCAUAGUCACAAAGUUCCUCGGUGGAAGGGGUCAAGGAACGUGAUCGAGGAACACAACAGGCUAUUUGAGGAAGGUUUUAACAAGGCAGGGGUGAGAAUGUUCUCGCGCCCCCAGAACAUGAAUGAUGUUCUCGAAACGAGGAGCGUUACAUGGUUCCAUGUUCCCGAUGACUCUAGCUGUGAUGACCACUACUCUAUUCAAUUGGGUUCUAUAAUUAAUGAACCAAAUGUGAAUAGAGUAGAGUUUAAGCGCAAUGAUGUUUUAGAGGAAGGGGAAAGUACAAAUGACCACUUAUUUUAUCAACCAGAAAGUGCUGAUGGUUCAAGUCAUUCAGCUUCUGACCUUACUGUAGAAAUACAAAAGACAGCGGGUGCUGUUGGACCUACUAUGAACACAAUGGAGUGUCUGGACCUCUCAAUGGAAAAAGAUAGCUGCUCUUUUUCACUGAAUUGUGUUGAAGGGUUCCCUCAAGGAACAAAACCUGACUUACUUCCUUUAAUCAAUGAUGUUGAGAGAUCCUAUCCAUGUGUUACGGAUAGUUCUUGCCCUACAGUACCAAAUAUGGAGCAAAAAGAUGGUGUAUUGGAAAAUGCGGAACAACCUCAUCCUUUGGAGAUGGUUAAUCCUGAUGGUACAAGCCAUUCACCUGUGGGCCGUGCAUUUGAAAUCGAAGAACAAGGAGCGGAGGCUGGCUUAUGUGCUUCAGUUCAAGAUGUUGAGGAGCAAGUAGACAGUUCUAGUCCUGCAUCAGAAAGUUGGGAGCAACCUGUUCCUUUGAAGGUGGUUAUACUCAGACCAUGGCAUGAUGUGCGAAAUAGCAUCCUAAGAUCAAAGCAUCCUUCAAACUACUCACAGUCAAUGCAAGGAUCAGAUCUAUAUGUUGGAAAUAUGGAUGUCUUGGAUCCUUCUAAGGAGUGGUUGGACUCAAGGUUAAAACUUGACGAACAAGGAGCGGAGCCUGGCGUAUUUGCUUCAGUUGAAUAUGUUGAGCAAACCCAUCCCAAUUUUACCGAUAAAACUAGUCCCAUAUGGUCAAGUGAGGAGCAAGUAGAUGGUUCUAGUCCUACGUCAGAAAGUUGGGAGCAACCUGAUCUGUUGGAGGUGGUUAGACCAUGGGAUGAUGCGCCAAAUAGUAUCCUAAGAUCGAAGCCUCCAUCAAACUACUCACAGCCAAUGCAAGGAUCAGAUCUAGAUGUUGGGAAUAUGGAUGUCUUGGAUCCUUCCAAGGAGCGGAUGGACUCAAGGUUAAUGUCAAAUACUGUAGAGCCAUCAAGUUCUUCAAAUGGUGGAGGCACUUCUGUUGAGAAAGACAAUACUGAAAAAACAGAAUGCUUGUCAGGCAUGGACACUGUCACCCCUGAACUGGAUAAUGUCCAGGGAUCAAAUCCCUCAGCAGAGCCAUCAAGUUCCUCAAAUGGAGAAGGAGCCUCAGCUGUUGAAAAACACAGUGCUGAAAUUACAGAAUGCUUGUUAGGCAUGGGAACUUUGACCCCGGCACUGCAUAAUGUCCAGGCAUUAAAUCCCUUGACACCAAAAGAAUGCUUGGUUUCUAACGCAGACAACUCAGAUGAAGCAAAUGACAACUCAGAUGAAGCAAAUAGGUCAGAUGAAGUUCAUCGCAGUUGCAAUGAUUUUAACGGAAAUUACUAUCCCAAGCCAGUGCUGAAGGGAAGAAUCUCCAAAAUGAUGUACCCAAGACUUUGGUUUCAAUUGCCAAAAAUGUGGCUUGUAGGCAAACAUCACAAAUGGAAGAUGCCAUUGCCUUCCAAGCAUGUUAGUCCACGUAAGGCAACAAAAAGUAGCUUCAGAAAGCAAUAUAAAGGGCCAAACAGACAUAUUCCACGUCAUACUAAACAUCAGAAAACCAAGCUCGUUAUGAAGGACAGAAAUACAGAUCCUGCACAUAUAAGAAGUUGUAGGCCAUCAAAGAAAAUUGAUCGUACUUGCUUAAGUGCUUCCUUGUAUUUAUCUCCAAAAAUUAAGGAAGUAAAUGAUGCCAAUGUUGCAGAACCAAGAUGUUCUAAAUCUCUAAGAACUUUUGAGUAUGUCAUGGCCAAGAAAAGAAAACGGCCUGUUUUAUCAUAUGAUGAAGAUGCCAAGGCAAUGCAGAUGGAAGUGAGGAUGCGCAGGAGACAUGUGAAAAGUUGUGUGAUGAAGCAGCGAAGAUCCGCAGAAAAUUCUGAGGAAGCGAUGUCUCCAGGAAAUUCAAAUAAUCAACAUGCCAAUGAUGAUAUGAAGGCAAGGAAGCCGAGAAGGGCCAACAAAGAUAAAAAGGCACCUCUAGGGAAUGCUAGUGUUCCAUGCACACGGAAUGAUGCUGCACGUGGAAUCAUGAAGAUUGGCCAGGAGUAUAUUUCAUUGGCUGCACACCUGUCAAAUCAAGCAUGCAAGGAGGUGCAGGAAUUAUCACUAUCAUUACCAGCACUAAUGAAAGUAACAAAGCAUUCGAAGUUGAAAGCCUGGCCAGGGAGGUGGAAGGCAUCAAAACCAUCUGCUGAAUGCAUUGGCUUGUAUUUCUUCUCAGAUAAUAUGAGGGAACUGGAUCAACUAGUGCAUUAUCUCACUGAUCAUAGCUUAGUACUAAAAUAUGUCGUUGGCUUUGCCAAGCUGCUGAUCUUCCCUUCUGUUUUCCUACCAGAGCAAUGUCAAACGUUCCAAGGAAACACUAUCUGUGGGGAGUGUUCAAGCGCAGGAUGGGUACUGGGAAAACAGGUGCCGCAGGGUAACAAAAAGUUUGUGCAUCACAUGGGUGCAAAGUGA